CUCUUUCUCCCACCGACACGCUAUCACCCACGGCGGACUGACUGAGUGACUGACUGACUGCUGGCCAGUCAGAAGGGCGGUUCGCUACAUCACCGAACUGUAACAGCAAGGGGAUGGAGACAAGACAACACUCCGCGACCCAAGCGAUAUUGUUGUACCGCUUACUCUCUAGACAAAGCUCCGUUUUGCAAAAAGCCAGCAGCUCUUCCUGUACAACCCAAUGCACGAACGGACACAUGCGUGCUGUGUCUUGUCUGUUUCCCAUGGGCUCUGCGUUCUUCUAACCUGCAUCCGGUUGACCUCUGCGUGUGUCAGGCUACGAUCAAGUGCCCGAUACGUCAAUCUGGGGAGAGCAGAGCACAGCAAACAACGUUGAGCGUCAAUGAUUGCCUUUACACCAGUCAGCUACCUGAAACACAGGCUCUCCCUUCCAUCUUUGCGAAACCUAUCAACCAGCUGCACAUUUUCGAUGCAGUCAUCACCAACCUCGCGGCACAUCUACCACACAUACCAAUCCGGAGCAGAAAGACAUCACUGGCAGUAGAGUCGUCAGUCAAAGCCUUCUUGCCUGGUGAAAGUCUGUCUCAGAGAAGCCAGCGGGCUUCCACAAGCUCACGUCCUUGUAUACAGGUGGAUAACGACUGAAUGGACGAAAUGGCCUUAUCUGAUAAGCAAGAAAGGGAUCGGCGAUCACCCCAUCUCUUGCCCGUUUACCUCUCCAGAAGAGAACUGCUUCCAGAAGCGCUCGUCAUCGCUCCAAAAGACUCUGAUGUCGUCAACCUACCAUGCAUCCAGACACAGAUGAGCUGUGGCGCAGCCAUGCGAACUAACAGGCCAGCUUACCCCAAACAGGAUCAUUGCUAGCCUUUCGAGACCAAGGCCAAAGGCCCAUCCAAUGUGCUCCUGUCGCCCUGUUCAUCACAACCAGACAGACAACGCGAUCAUGCAAGCAGCGCAGAUACUAUUCCUUGCAGGCAUCCAGCGUGCGUCAGUGAAUGCACCCUGCUGACCGCAAUUCUUGAGAAUCUCUUGCUUGAUGACUCCGCAGCCCAGAACCUCCACCCAUUUGCCGUUGAAGAACACCUCGAGCUCGAGCGAUGGGUCGGUGAAGGGAAAGGUGGCCGUGUCGUCCCACCGACGCUGGCAUUCGCGGCCAAACAGAUGGUCAACAAGGCCCUCCAGGCACCACUUCAGGUGUGAAAGAACCUUGUCGCUCGCCCUCACUCCAUCCAGAACAGAUAGCUCUGCUGGCUCAAAGGUGCGAAUGCCAUCACAUUGAUGGAAGACCGGAUAGUGAAGCGAGUCAACUCGAUCCUGGGUCAGGCAAAGAAGGAGCAGACCAAUCAGCAGUGUGCGUGCGUGCGUGAGUGGGUCCAGACUUCAUUUAGUGACACCUUUCGAUAGACAUCGGCACUCCAGAUGAGAGCCGAUCGUCCUUUCUCAAGGAAUUCGGCUUGAUGUGCUGUCGCUUGGGUCCUAAGGACGUGCUGGUUUCCCACAAAGUACGUGUCUGUAGACAGACAGACACACACGACAUGACCUCCGCAGCACAGCACCGUCCGGGCUCCACCCAGCUCUUGCCUGUGGGAAGUCGACUCACAUGGUCCUCUGGGAUAAGCAAGGAGUCGAAGUUCUCCUCAACAGUCACGAUCGGAGUGCGGUCGUGGAGGGUCAAGUACUCGAACCUCUCAUUGCGGAAGUGGUCUUCGAUUUUCCGCCUCAGUAUACCAAGUGGAUGAGUCGGGCACGUGUACAGCCCCCGGCCGAUCUUCGACCACACCUUGACAAAGGAACACACACGCACAUCAACCACCUGGUGGCGGGUGGUAUUCGGAUCAAUUACGUGAUUCGGAAUGUGCCUCGGCCGAUGCGGUAGUGACAGCUGGCUUCGGAGCACACGGCUGAGGUGGGACAUGCACCUCUCGGGGCCUCGAAGCUGUGGUUACACAGGACAGCGCCGAAGGGCGCAUUUAAAGCAGGGUUGUCCCUAUUGACGAGCGGAAGGGUGACGCUACAAAAAUCUGCGAAACAAGAAAUCACCAGAGAGCCACUGCUGGCCACUGCUGUUUCGCAGAUGGCCCGGAGAAGACGACGAAGACAGGACAAACAGACAGGGAAGAAAGGCGCAGGAAAGCAGAGCAGAUCUUCGGGGGGGGCAAGAAGGCAGAGCAGGUUGACU